AUGGGAGGCGGAGAGAGCAAGCACCGUCGGCCGCUACAGCGACAGGAGGAGCCACAGAAGGAGAGAUAUGACUUCAAAUCGAUAAAGGACAAAUUUGAGACGAUCGAGGAGUCCAUCUCUCCCCAUCAUCUCAAUCCCUACCAGUACGCCAUCAAGAUCUUGGGCGAAACCCUCAGCGCGUUCGAUGACGACGGGUUGAUCCCCGUGUUCGGCUUCGGUGACAAGCAGACGCAGGACAAGACUGUCUUCCCUUUCUUCCCCGGUCUGGCACUACCUGCGCUGGCUCGUUUUGAGUUGCGAGGGGAGGCCAUCAACAUCGUGAAGCGCGAGAGGGCGUACCACAUUCUCAUCAUCAUCGCCGACGGACAGGUGACGCCCGACAGCGAAUACUGCCAAGCCGAGACCGAGACCAAGAACGCCAUCGUCGAGAAGACGAAUCAAACGAACACGCAGGCCUCCCACUAUCCUCUGUCGAUCAUCUUGGUCGGCGUGGGCGACGGACCCUGGGAUUCCGCUGAAGAGCAGUUUGAUGACGGUCUGCCGACCCGACAGUUCGACAACUUCCAGUUCGUCAACUUCCACAAGGAGGUCUCCUAUGGCGGCGAGGAGUUCGGCCCGGCCUACUUCGCCGUGGCCGCCCUCCAGGAGGUGCCCGAGCAGUACGAAGCCAUCCGCAAGCUCGAGCUGCUCUGA